CUUCAGGUUCCGUUAAAGGUCAGAAACUGAUUGAUAUUGGAACAGGCCCUUGCCUUCACCAGCUUCUGGUGGCCUGUGAAUGGUUUGAGGAAAUUAUCGUCUCUGAUUAUACUGACCGUAACCGUCUUGAAAUUGAAAAAUGGAUAAGAAAUGACCCAGAUUGCUUUGACUGGAGUGCAAUUGGAAAAUUUAUUUGUGAAAUUGAAGGAAACAGAGUGUCAUGGACUGAGAAACAGGAAAAGCUGCGACAACGAAUCAAGCGAGUUUUGAAAUGUGAUGUCACUUCUAGCAACCCGCUGCACCCUGUUUGUGUUGAACCAGCUGAUUGCCUAAUGACAUCGCUGUGCUUGGAGGCAGCUAGCAAAGACCAAGAGACAUAUUACAAUGCUGUAAAAAACAUAAGUACAUUGUUAAAGCCAGGGGGAAGUCUCAUAAUGAAUGUAAUGCUGAAUCAAACUUUCUUUAGGGUUGGUGAUCGAAAAUUUUCAUAUCUUGCCUUUAGCAAGGAAUUUCUAACUAAAGUGCUAAAUGAGAAUGACUACAUUAUACAGAAACUAGAAAUCCUACAUGGCCCUGACAGGGCUACGAAUACUCAUUCUGAUUAUGAAAGUAUUGUUUUCCUUGUUGCACAAAAACAAAUUUGAAGGUGGUAAUUACAUUAACUGUAUAAGAUAAGAUAUUUACUGCAAGGCUAAACAUUACCAGUUUUAUAUGGUAGAGUAAAACAUUAUUGAAAUGAAUGUACUGUUACUACUACCAUAAAGUCUAUCUAGAAGAUGAACAUUUAUUGUACUGCACAUCUUAAUUAAUACAGUUUUUUUUUUUCACACCACAGGCAUAUAAAAUGCUUUACUGUACAUGUUAAAGAAAGAUAGAAAAUACAUGAUUUCUGCUUAGAAUAUUGUUGCUUCAUUUUAUUCAUUUAUAUUUGCUAAGUACCCAUAAUGAAAAGGUUUGAUCUCUAUUGGAAACCUGACCAUAUAAAGGAAUUAAGUGACUAAUACGACUAGAUAAAGAUCUGUCCAAUAAAGUAUGCAACCAACUCUGAUGUGGUCUUGCCUAGGUGAAUGGUCUGCUCUGCCCCGCAUCAUACAAUCAUACUGAAAGUGAAUACAUUUAAUAAACAAUAAAAAAAAUAAUUAUCCUGCAUACAAACCCUGAUUCAUUUCAUGCAUGCAUGUGUAUAUGCAUUUAAUAAAUUUAUUAAAAAUGUU